AUGGCGGCCAAACUGAUGGCCAGCAACGUAACCAACAAGAAUGACCCUCGCUCCCUCAACUCCCGGGUCUUCAUCGGCAACCUCAACACGGCCGUGGUGAAGAAGACUGACGUGGAGGCCCUGUUUGCCAAGUAUGGCAAGAUCGAGAUUGCCGAGUCUUUAUUUGACCUGAAGCUGGGAAUGGAACAACUGGCGGGGAACAAGACAUUUCACUGCAUCCUGGCCACACUGCUGGCGAUCGGCAACUUUCUGAACGGGAUGAAUGCGGGGGGCUUUGAGCUGAGCUACCUGGGACGUGUAGGGGCCGUGAGGGACACGGUGGAGAAGAAACCCCUUCUGUACCACGCCUGCACCAUGGUGAUGGAGGCCUUCCCCAACGCUGGAGACCUGUACACACAGAUCCUCCCUCUCACCCGAUGCACACAGGUUGACCUGCAGCAUCUGGGUGCUGAGCUGUCCCAGCUGGAGAGCGGCUGCAGGGAGGCCUGGGACCACCUCCACACCAUCUCCCGCAGCUCCACCGCAGCUUCCCGCAGCCCCAGUGCCGCUCACUGCAGCCCCACCGCCACAUUCCUGCGGGAGGCUGCACAACGCAUCAUUAUCCUCAAGGACGUGCACAGGAGGGUGAGAAACAGGUUCCAUAUGUUCCUGCUGUACCUGGGCUACCCGAACUCCUCCGUACGUACGGCCACUGUCAGCGGCUUCUGCAAAAUGGUCAGCGACUUUGCCCUGGAAUACCGCAUGGUCCGCAUCCAGAUCCUGCAGCAGCGGGAACGCCAGAGGGAGAGGGAGCGCCAGUGGGCCGAGGGUGCUCCGUGGGAGGGGGAGACAGACCCCCCCCGGAUCCGCAGCCUUUACCCGGAGCACAGCCGGAAACACAAGGACAUGGAGGAGAUUCUGCGGACUCCGGAGAGAAGCCGGAGGUUCGACAGCAGCCUCCCCCGCACCAAGAGAUCACAGGGCAAAGAUGCCCCGAAGCAGAAGACCUUUACGUGGUGAGCUGUGGAGGGUGCGGUGAGGAGGCUGGGAGCUGGCGUAUACACUCCAGGCAGCAACAUUGGAAAUGGUGGAGCGCCUCAAGUUCCGUAAACCCUCGUUAUAACGGAGCACAGGGAUGAAAUGGAGUCCGUUAUUGCCGACCGUCCACUAUAACCAAGUCGGGGAUUAUC